AUGGCCCAGCCCUCCAGGGCAGACAUCAUCGAAACCAAACCAAUAGGCGAGGGAUUGAAUGCUUUUCACGACAACCUAACAUUGACGUUCAAAGAUUCAGGACUCCCAUGCUCCAUCGACUCUCUAUGUGAAUUGGACGCCGAAGUUCUCCAGAACUUGCUCCUUGACUUAAUUUUGGCGUUACAAGCCCUUCCCGCUUCACGUGUAUUACGCUCUGUCAGCGGCUGCAGAAGCCUUUUUAGUGACUUGUCGAGACUGAGCUCAGCUGUUAAUUCUGACGACUUUGACCUUGAGCGACUCGUUCCGUUACUCGGUGCGGUCCUCAACAAAGAAUCCGAUAACGCAGUUUGGGACAAAGUCUACGCUGUCGCAGUCGAAUCCACUCCUCCUCCUAAGCCGCUUCCUUUUCUCAGUCAAACGCCAUAUUUGCACACCACGAGCAGUUUCGUUAACUCUUCCGAACAUCGAAAAUAUGUGGACGCUGUGCUAAAGGAAGAGCUGAGCUCAAUCUACAUCGGUGUACCAGGCUUCUACGAGGCGUACUUUGGAGGUAUUGAGGGUUUGGAAGAGACCGGUGCUGUCGUCUUUAGAAGAUGUAUGGAAGGAGAUAACCCCCUAUUCAGCGAAGAGAAUGGCUGGCGGGACUGGCCUGAGAACUCUAAAGAAAAGGAAGUUUUAGACUGGAUCUCGACACUAGUCAACGUUCUCCGCGGCAUAGCGACCGAAGCGGGUUUUACCAUGUCAACACAUCGGACGGUUUUGGCACAGCCUGAUCAACCAUUACAAGGAUCUACGGCCGAUCGAAAGUUGUAUGUUGGUUUGGUUUGCAAUUUGGAAGCAAACAGUCCCGCAAAAUUUGGCUGGACAGAUAUCCUGGUCCUGGGCGAGCUGAAGAGUAACCCGAGUGCUGAUACAGCUUCAAAGACGUGGCGUGAUCUGGGCCGCUAUGCAAGGGAGGUACUCACUGUUCAAGACACUCGUCGGUUUGCCUUGGGAUUUACGCUUUGUGGAUCCGUUAUGCGGUUGUGGGAGUUCGACCGCACAGGAGCCAUCGCAUCAUUGCCCUUCGAUAUCAACAAAGAUGGUCUCCGAUUUGUUUCAGCCAUAUUAGGAUUCCUUCGGAUGAGCAAUGAACAGUUAGGAUACGACCCCAGCAUUUUCUCCUCUUCCGAUGGGAAACGAUUCAUUGAGAUUGUUCGCGACGGGCAGUCGGAGCGUCUUAUUCUUGAUGGACUUAUGAAGCGCGCCUCGUGUGUUGCUGGCAGAGCUACGACCUGCUGGAAAGCCCACCGCGAAGGGGACAAGGCGAGUUCACCACUCGUUAUCAAAGACUCAUGGCAGUAUCCAGAGCGAGAGGAGGAAGGUAAUCUUCUACGGGAAGCAACAGAAAAAGGGGUGGUCAAUGUAGCCAGGUAUUACUACCAUGAAACAGUUCAGAUAAACGGAAACGUCGAUGAUACCCACAACAAUGUUCGCAGAGGACUCGACGUGACCCAGUCGACAAAUUACAGAUCGACACGUUCCGACAAUUUUACGAGCACGAGUAACGCAGUGGACAAGGCAAGAAUUGGCCGCUCCACCAGCAGUUCUGGGCGCAAGAGGUCAUCCAGCCGUGCUGAUGCAACACUGCCGCCUAGCAAACGGACUUGCUGGAGCUCUCCGACCAAAGGUGGACGCAAUUUCACACUGCAGAACAGGGUUCAUCGCCGUGUUAUUGUUCGUGACUACGGCAAGCCUAUUUAUAAAGCAAGAUCGCGUGUGGCCAUCCUUUCUGCGCUUGAGAGCUGUAUCGAAGGUUACCAAUCUUUGCAUACAAAGGCGGGAUUUUUACAGGGUGACAUUUCAACUGGGAACCUUAUUCUCAACGAUGGUGAAAACCCAUCUUGGCCGGCGUUCCUAAUCGACUUGGACCUUGCCAUCAAAGAGCAGCGAGAACGGCCUUCUGGAGCGAGAGGCAAGACAGGGACAAGAGCAUUCAUGGCUAUAGGCCUGCUCUUAGGGGAGAAACACUCUUUUAAGCAUGAUUUAGAGUCGUUCUUUUGGGUGCUCUUUUGGAUAUGUAUUCACUAUGAUGGACCAGGUAAAGAAGUUGGGCCAACGGACUUUGAUUGUUGGAAUUAUGAGAAUGACAGGAAGCUCGCUCAUUCAAAGAAAGGAAUCGUCGUCGACGAAGGAGACUUUCUUAAGAUUGCAGAGGAGACCUUCACGUCAUACUAUCAACCAUUGGUUCCUUGGGUCAACAGAUUGCGCAGGGUGGUAUUUCCAGGAGGAAUGCGGAGGAAGGACGAAGACACACGCCUUUACACUCAGAUUAAAGAGAUUCUUCGGAGCGCGACUGAAGAUCCGAAGGUGUCGGGCUCGGAGGCUUAGGUUUUGCAAUUCUUCAACAAGGAAUUUGUUACUAGCUAUGAGUUGGCGGAUCCAGCCUAACAUGCCCUCCAUGAUAGCCCCACCUCAAGAAACCAGUUUCCGCGCAGAGAACGAAUAUCUCUGAGCUCUGCGCCCAGAUAUCACUUAGGAUGUAUGCGCCCUCAAUUUAGGGUUAUUCCGACGAAUAGUUGCGCGAUCCUUUGUAAUUAGGUCCGAGCAUUUCCUGAUAGCCUCCAACUGUUUGUGCGUCAAAGGGAAAUAGUCCUCAGAGAAUUUUCUUCUUGCUUUGUCAAGCUUAUCAAUGAACUCAACCAGUUGGGAUCUGUCUUGUCCGAUGGCACCUCAAAUGAUAUCGUUUGGAAAAUAAUCCUGAAUAAAAGUGAUGUGAGGUAAAGUGAGACGAUAUGAGGCAAAUUAUGGUAAAAUUGAGUCAGGCAAAAGAAAGUUAUGCGGGGUAAAUCAAUGUGGAUUAAGUCAAAAUUUCGAGGUGAAGGUGAAGUGAGUUGAGGUGAAGUGAG